AUGCAUGAUGAAUAUCAAAGAUCUAGGGAUGAAGUUCUUAAUCCUUGGAUUGAAAGGUGGGUGGAUGACAAGCGCACGGCUCAAAAGCUUAAGGCAGCGGAUUUUGGUGUGUUUGCCGCUGUUUGGUGUGCAAGCGCAUCAUACGACGUACUUUGCACAGCCGCUAAGUUUUUUGCUUGGUACUUCGUGUAUGACGACAUCUUUGACUGUGGUACCCUGAAAUAUGACACACAGGUCCUUGGGGCCUAUAGAAAAGCCAGUAUUCAAUACUUCAAGUUCAUUCUUGUUGACGAAGGAGAUGUCCCAAAUCUUUCGGCUUUUGGCACGGAGCUAGAGAAAAGCUUACGUUGCUGGGACGAGGUCGGCCAUCACAUCAAAGAAGUUUGUUCGAAGGAGACUCGCGAAAUCCUAUGCGACGAAAUGCUGCGAUAUGUUGAAAGUCUUGACAACAUGAACAGUAUCUUUAGUGAGCGCGUGCCCUCCCUGAACCAAUACUGGGAACGACGCGAGGCCACGGCGGGGGUGUAUUCUGUGAUCGCUACCAUUCCGUUCAUUUAUGGGGUAGACGUUACCAGAGAGGAUGUUCAGGUGCAAUGCAUGAAGGACCUAUGGAAACAUACUUCUUACUUUGUUCAUAUAACCAAUGACAUGUUUUCAAUGCGCAAAGAAAUUGUAGGGUUUCCUCACUCCUCUAGUGGAGCCAAGACUGAAAGAUUACAGCAUGAUGGUCAAAUCGAAAACCUGAUUCCUGUUUUGAUGCUGAAUCGCGAUAUUGACUGCAACAUGGCCAUGCAACAAAGUUAUGCCUUGGCACUUAAUGAAGCGAUGGGUUUACGCAACUUUGAUUUAAACGCCUGCAAAAAUUCACACAAGAUACCAAAGAGUGUCUCACAGGCAUUCAUUCGCGGUUGUCAAGAUGUUGCAAUGGGCCUUGCCCAUUGGAGCUACUGUGGCCAUCGCUAUGUGGAGCCCUGGGAGCGCGAUGCCAACGGCGCUAUAACAUUUACGAUUGCCGUUCCAAAGCCCCUGUCAAAAGCCGUCGGCUUUGCCAAAGGACUCAACCUUGAGUUUGGUUCCGUUCAGUCCAUUGAUCAUGUUGAUGGCUAUUUCGACUAUCUCAGCCUUGGGAUCGCGUUCUGGAAAUUCGUUAUAUCCAUUGCCUCCAAACUGGGCGGGUCAAUUGAGGUAACUCGCAUGAUAACUUGCCAUGUUUGA